AUGAGCCAUCCGAUGCCGGCGAAAGGUAACGAGGAGGCAUCGGCUAAUGUUCGCGUUCUGUGGAAAGGUGUUGUGGUUUUGCACGAUGGCACACAGCUUCCAGGCAUUAGUAUCGUGACGACCAUGCACCCUUGGGCGCAUUUGCGAGGAACAUCAGCUGAAGAAGAAAAACCUGAUUCGCGCGUUUCACACGCCCCGUUAGAAGCAGAAGCUGAGCUGUGCUUGGCUCUUGAAAUGGUCAGACAUCAUCCGCUGCGUGCACUCGUGACGAAUGAUUUGGAUCGGCUGGACUCAGACAUGGAGGCAUCUGGUUACAUUGUCCUCCAAGUAGACGAUACUGAGGAUAUGACCGAGGCGUACAUGGAGCAGCUCUUUUGUCUACAACAUGCACCUUCACCGACUCUGAGACUCUUGUUCGAGCCAUCUUCUCGUCCCACCAUGCCAUUCUCUGCAAUGAGUGCACACAACAGUGUACUUGAGCUUCUUGUGAGUCCGCGCGAACGUGUUGAUGGCCAACUAGACCUUGUCGUGGGGCGCCCUGUACCUAGGGCACGCGCGCCUUCCGCUCGGCCCGAUGAUCCAGCACCGCGCAUUCCCGUACAUCGACCCAAAAUACCCAUACGUGAUGAUGAAACGCCAGCUGCGGUGUUGUCCCCGCCGUCUCUCUCUGAUGCACGUGUUGGAAAGCGUGGACAACUUUACGUAUCUUUGCCGGAUGUACAUCACACGCGUCGACCGCCUACGCCUGGACGGCGCGGAGAAAAACGCCCCCCGAGACACCCUGUGGACAAAAUCCUUACGAAGACUGACCUUUCUUACACCAGUUAUAAGCCUACGCCACAGCCGCGCAUGGGCUCUCCUACAUGGAAACCAGUCGUGCCUUACACACCAAUGACAGCCGAUGAAUCCAGUGCUCCUAUGGAGCACAACGCAUCACUUGAGCAAACUAAUCGCACAUUGAUCAAGAAACUCGUGAAAUACCAGUUAUCCGGCAGGGGCAUGGAGCGCGAGAACCAAGAUCAUGCUGCUUGCUUUCAGACAGCCUAUGCUGGAACAAGUCUUGUAUUCCGCCACGAACUUGGUAGGUGCCCGCUCGACAAGCAAAAAGUUGCCCAUGUCGUGCAGGCCCACCUCGAUAUGUACGUGGACCCAACGCAGCUUGCAUUGUGCGUCCGAAAAAUACCUACUCGCAUCCACGAGAUGGCACAGCAAGACUCUUUACAGGACUCAGUUUCUCUGGGCCCUUUCACGCACCCGCCGACAAGCUGA